GACGACUGCGCGCGAAGACGACACGGGCGCGAGCAGGCGAGGUAGGAGACGAAACCGGUCUGGUUCGGUUCUGGUUCCGUCUCGGACGAUCACACGUGCCCGGCGCCGCUCAGUCCCAUUAUUACCGGCGAUCCCGUCGCGGCCACAACGUACACAUCACGCGAUACUAUCAUCGCCGACAUCGCGUCGACGUGGUAUACGAUAGCGAUAGCGCCGGACCCGCGAAGGAUUAUCAAUUUUAAAAUUCUAAAAUUUUUUUUUUACUCGAUGUGAUUAUAUUAUAUACAGCUGUAGUUGUUAACAAUACAGGCACGCGCCGCAAUAUCGUAACAAUAAUUUAGCCAUCUCGUUUUUGAGAGGUGCCACCGCCACGCCACCGAGAUCGAGAAAUCAUAUCAUAAUAUUUUAUAUUAUUACCUAUAUUCUAAAUCAUAAUAACGCAUCGGCCGCCGUUUUCCCGAUCAACAUUAUUGUUUUGCCGUUCGUCCGAGUCGCUUACAUUUGUUUUAUAUUAUCAUCAUCGUAUUAUUAUUCUGUUUCGAGACGUGCGAUGGUCCGGUCUCGCGAUCCGCCGGCAAUCGGUUGCAGGUGACGACGGACGACCGUCAGCACACGGCCAUUCGAACGUCGCUCGUCCAACGAUGACGACCGAUGACGAACGCCGGACAUGAACACUGGACCCGGCCAGGGCGCCCGUGGGCCAUCGUCUCUACCAAACUGGUGGCCCGCCGACCCUCGUCUCACCACUUCAUCGACCUCGGAUGUCAUGAGUCAGCUAUGUCGUGUGUGCGGAGAACCAGCCGCCGGUUUUCAUUUCGGAGCGUUUACGUGUGAAGGAUGCAAGUCGUUUUUCGGUCGGACCUACAACAACCUGAGCUCGAUAUCGGAGUGCAAGAACAACGGCGAAUGCGUGAUAAACAAGAAGAACAGGACGUCGUGCAAGGCGUGCCGGCUGCGCAAGUGUCUGGUGGUGGGCAUGUCCAAGAGCGGGUCCCGGUACGGCCGGCGGUCCAACUGGUUCAAGAUCCAUUGCCUGCUCCAGGAACAGCAGCAGCAGCACCAUCACCAGCACAACAACAACAACAACAACAACAACAACAGCAACAACAACCAGCACCACCAGCAACUCCCGCACCACCAGCAGCAGCAAUCACUCCCGCAUCAUCAACAACAACACCGUCAGUCCGCGGGCCUGCAGCAUUUUCAGCAACAGUCGGCUGCGGGUUGCAGACUGUCGCUGGACCACGGCCGGACGCCGCCGCUUUGGGCGGACGUCAAACACCACCUGCGCCUGGACGUGGACAACAACAAUUCCGUGGCCGGUGACCUGAACAAAGACGGCGUCGGCGGCCGGCUGUCCGCGUCCGCUGCCGCCGCCGCCGCGGCCGUCGUGCAGGCCGUCCGACCAGAACUGCUGCGGUGGCCCUCGCCGUUCUUCUCGGCGUUCCCGUUCCCGCCACCCGCGCCGUUCUUCCUGGCCCUGCAACAGCAGCAACAGCAACAGCAACAGCAACAGCAACAGCAGCAGCAACUGCAGCAAACGCCGACGCCGCCGCCGCCGCCAUCGCGCGGUCACCGGUCACCGCGAAGUCCGUCGUACCGGUCGUCGACCGCGGACGACGACAGCUGUGCGGGUGACCGCGACGAGGACGAGGACGACGACGACGACGGGCCGCCGUCUUCGAAGCGCGUCGCCGUCCACCGCGACCCGCCGCCGGUCCAGGAAUCUCCGAUGGACCUGUCGGUGACCGCGGCCGCGUCCACGCCGUCCCGGCCGCCGUCGCUCGGUUCCCCGUCGCUCCUACCGUACGUCGGCGGACGGUCGCCCGGCCACAGCCCGGAAGACCGGUCGCGGCGCAGGCGCCGGCGGCCGCGCAGGCGGAGACGGCAUCCGCGUGUAGACUUUGCCGCCGCUGACCGGACGUCCUGUUCGGACGACCACGACGACAGCGCGGCCGGAAGUGACCCGGCGGCGGUGUCCGACUCGAACGGAUCGGCCGACGGCGGCCGGCCGGAGAAAAACGCUCCUCUGGACUUGACGUGCAACCGGUCGUAGACGGAAUUUCAUCUCUAAUAUUAUAUUAUUAUCGUUAUUAUAUAACGCGUGAUAAGUUUUCCGGCGAUUUUUCCGUCCAGUUUUCCCUCCAUCACUCACCAUCUCUCUAUCUCCUCCGAAGCGUCUCUUUAUUAUAAUAUUUUAUAAUGACCUAUAAAAAAUUUCGUCGGAAAAAGUCGCGCCGCGGGUAUGUUGAAAUAUAAUCAUUAUCAUUAUAUUAUUAUUAUUAUUAUUAUUAUUAUUUUAUUUAUAUAUAUAUAUAUAUAUAUAUAUAUAAUGUAUAUAUCAUACAGUGUGUUAUAUGUACGGCGUGAUCGAUUCCGCUGUAUAUAGUUCACAAACGAAUUAUUGUAAUAAACAACGAGUGAUGUAUUAUAAUGUGCAUAGGCUAAUAAUUUGACUCGA